AUGUAUCAACCAAAGAAAUAUGUGACUAAAUAUACUGAAUUUACUGAAAAAUGUGAUAAAUAUAAAUCAUAUCCUAUAAGAGGAGGUAUCUUUAAAUGUGGAUCAAAAAAAAGAUCAGAGUCUUUAAAGCUAAUGAAAAAUAAUGAAAAGAUUAAAAAUAUUCCAAUUGGCCAUUGUCAUCAGGAUAAACCAGGAGAAUUCCCUCAAUGUUAUCAACAAAAGAAACCAAUGACUCCUUCAAAUAUUCCAAUUGGAAAUUCUAUUCAUUGUCAUCAGAAUAAACCAGUCAAAUUAGGAGAAUGUCUUCAAUGUUAUCAACAAAAGAAACCAGUGACUCCUUUAAUUGAAAAUAUUCCAAUUGGAAAAUGUAUUCAUUGUCAUCAGAAUAAACCAGUUAAAUUAGGAGAAUGUCUUCAAUGUUAUCAACAAAAGAAACCAGUGACUACUUCAAAAAUUGAAAGUAUUCCAGUUGGAGAAUGUAUCCAUUGUCAUCAAAAUAAACCAGUCAAAUUAGGAGAAUGCCUUCAAUGCUAUCAACAAAAGAAACCAGUGACUUCUUCAAAGAUUGAAACUAUUCAACAAAAAAAGCCAGUAACUCUUUCAAAAAAAAUUGAAAAUAUUCCAAUUGGAGAAUGUAUUCAUUGUCAUCAAAAUAAACCAGUCAAAUUAGGAGAAUGUCUUCAAUGUUAUCAACAAAAGAAAACUUGCUUAGCACCUUCAGAACAAAUGAACAAUAAUGAAAAAGUAACUCUAGUACCUUCAGAACAAAUGAAAAAUAAUGAAAAAACUAAAAAUAUUGGAGAAUGUAUCCAUUGUUAUCUGGAAAAAUCUAUUAAAUUAGGGGAAUGUUACAAAUGCUAUCAAAAAAGAAGUAAUAAAUUUUAUAGUAACAAAAAGGAAUGUCCUGAAUGUAAAAAAAGAAUUACAGAUAUGAAUAGGAUGAUAAAUGACAAAAUUUGUACUAGAUGUCAUACAAAAUAUCAAAGAAGAUUUGAUAAUUUUAAUAAUCAAGUAACAUGUAAAACAUGUAAUGAACAAAACCAAAAAAGAGAAAUGUAUAAUGAAAAUGGACAAUGGUUCUGUUCAUUAGAUUGUAUGUAUGCAAAAAAGAUAUUAGAUGAAAUUGGAGACAUGAAGAAUAUUAACAAGGAAAGAAUUAACAUUCUAGUAAAUAGAUUUACAAGUAGUAACAAGAAUGCAGGAUCAACAUACAAUCUUACUUCAAAAAUGAUUAUGGAAAAAAUAGAAAUAAAUAUGAAACAAAACAAAUCAAACAUAGAGAAUGUAUUUGAUGAAAUAAAGAAGACACCUGAUUAUACAAUAGUGUAUAAUUUAUAA